GCUACACAAGCCCAGGCAGUUGGAGGACGUUUUUAACGGCACCACAACAACCAUGACGUGCUGCGAGGGGUGGACAUCCUGCAAUGGCUUCAGCCUGCUGAUUCUGGUCAUUCUAGGAGUGGUUAUUAAUUGUAUACCUCUGGGAGUGAGCUUAGUGGAGGGCGACUCGGCGUCCCCAAACCCCAUCUCUUGCUAUGAGUGGUGGUUCCCGGGAAUUAUUGGAGCAGGCGUGAUGGCCAUCCCAGCAACAACAAUGUCGUUGGCCUCCAGAAAAAGAGCAUGCUGCAAUAACAAGACAGGGAUGUUCCUCUCAUCACUCUUGAGCGUCAUCACAAUCAUCGGGGCUGUGUACUGCAUGCUGGUGUCACUCCAGGCUCUCGCGGAAGGUCCCCUCAUUUGUAACUCUCAAGCCAACAGUACUGUCUCUUGUGAGUUUUCGUUGAGAAACUUAAGUAACUUCCAGCCUGAAUCCUUCGAUUUCCAGUGGUUCUUCGAAAAAUCUUGUGUUUCUCGUACUGAUUCUAACAACUCCACCGUCAGCGACAUAAUCAGUAACUGGGGCGUUCCCAGCUCUAACUCUGAAGAAGACAGACACAGGAUUUUCCACUUCUCCGUAUUUCUGAGUCUCCUGCUCGUCGGAAUCCUCGAGCUCCUGUUUGGGCUUAGUCAGAUACUCAUUGGUUUCCUUGGCUGUCUGUGUGGUGGUGUCUCUAGGCGAAGGAGUGGAGUUGUGUAGCUUAAAAGCUAAUAAACUAGAAUGUCAGUACGUUGAAUUUGAAAAUCGCAUUUCAAAUAUAUGCUUUUAUAAGUUCAAUAAUGGAGCUUCAUCUGGAACACUGAGUGGUUUUAGUACAAAAAGUUGUUUUUGAAACCAUCUCUGAAGUAACUUAAAAAAAAAAUCAACCUAUCAAGCUGAACCAUGUGGCACAGGCCUUUAAUCCCAGCACUCAGAGGCAGAGGCAGGCAGAUCUCUGAGUUCAAGGCCAGCCUGGCCUGCAGAGUGAGUUCCUGGACAUCAAGGACUACAUAGAGAAACCCUGUGUGGAAAAACAAAAUCAGUAAAACAAGGAAAUCAGCCUUUCACAUAGAAAGCAUAUUGUACAUGUAGCACACCUGGAAAAAAGUCAUCAGCGGCUGAUACUGGGGAGAAGUUAGUGAAGCUUUUUUUUCUCCCCUGUGUAUGUUGAAAAAACUUUCGCUAGACCUGAGAGUAGUUUGAUGGCUGUAGAAGCGGGUGUCUUGGUCUUAAGAAGCUGACAGAGAAAUGCUGUACUUAGCUGACAGGCACACAGCAAUCCACUCUACUCUGCCUUCUUACAUCUUCUCAUGGUUUACCGUAAUACCGUGAAGAAAAAAAAAACGGCCUUUAAAAGUUGGUUUCUAUUUAUGCUGUUCUUUAAAAGGUAACAAGAUGUAUUUACUGUAUUAAAAUGCUAUAAAACAGA